GUUCUGGUAGGGAGGAGUCUGAAUAGCCUCGUUAUGUCCGAGAUUCACUUAAAAAUCGAAAACCAAUACUUUUUGUAAAAACUCCAAAGUUUGGACUUUGAUUAGUAGAAUCAACAGGCAAGUCAAAACCCCGCUUUACUUGCUGGGAACGCUGAUGAGAUCGACUCGUAUAGAUGGCCGCUCAGCCUCAGCUUCCUACCGUUCCAGAAGAGGUCACGGCCUCCUGGCUUGCGGAAGUACUGAAGAUUAAUAUCAAGUCAACAGAGCUGAAAAAGAUCUUGCCCGGUAUGGCUACUAAGCUCUACGUUAACGUCAAGUACGAGGAUAGUGUAGGCAAGGAUGAGGCGACACUGAGGUCUGCUAACCUCUGUAUCAAGGGUGGAUUUAACCCAGACUUUGUCGAACAAGUGCCCUGGGUCGUCAUGCUAUAUCAACGUGAGGUGGAAUUCCUUAAUCGCGUGGCUCCGUCCCUCGGCCAUAUUGAUAUCCCCAAAACUUGGUGGGCGGGAUAUAACUCCAGGCAAGGUAUCGUGAUAAUGGACGACCUUUCUCAAAGCUGUGAAUUUGGGCGGCCUACGGAGGACUGGCCUGUCACGCGGGUGCUUGCUGGUGUCGAACAGCUUGCGGCAUUGCACGCGUCGACUUGGGGUGUUAAGCCAACAGACUACGCCUGGCUCACGUCAGAUUACGAUCAGGCCAUCUUCACCCUGAUGCAAACAUUCGACGACGUCGUGCAUGGUCCAGAGCGACCAGUUGUGCAUGACUAUCUCAAAGAUCAAAAGCGCAUCACUGAGGUUCUAAAGAAACACUUUGCUUCGAGAAACCCCAAGUUCCGAUGUUUAUUACACGGCGACGCGCAUACUGGAAACACUUAUCUCGACAAAGGUGUGCCUCGGUUCCUUGACUGGCAGACAAUUCAUAUCGGGUCGGCUUUUCACGACGUAGCUUACUUCGUCGGUGGUGCUUUGAGUAUCGAGGAUAGAAGGACUUACGAGUACGAAAUUUUAGAUCACUAUCUCGCCGCGUUGGAGAAACUAGGCGGCCCGGCGUUUUCGAGUAGGGACGAGGAUAUCUUGCGAGAAUAUCGCAAGUCAUUCUUAGCGGGAAUCGGCUGGAUAAUGUGCCCUUAUGAGAUGCAAACUAAACAGUGUGUUGACGCCAUGGCUAGACGGUACUCGGCAGCACUGGAUGACCACAAGACUUUGGAGCUUGUGGAGUCUCUGUGAUGUUUAAUGAGGCCUACGUAUAAUGUAUCACGGGAUUCAACGAACGUCGUCCCUGUUAC